AUGCAGUUACACAAACUGUUGUUCAACCCAGUUCACCAUUAUAACCCCAAGUUCAUCCCAGUGCACCAUUAUAUAACCAAGUUCACCCCAGUGCACCAAUAUAAAAUCAAGUUCACCACAGUGCACCAUUAUAAAACCAAGUUCACCCCAGUGCACCAUUAUAACCCCAAGUUCACCCCAGUGCACCAAUAUUACCCAAAGUUCACUCCAGUGCUCCAUUAUCGCACCAAGUUCACCCCAGUGCACCAUCAUGAAACCAAGUUCACCCAGUGCACCAUAAUAACCCUAAGUUCACCCCAGUGCACCAUUAUCACCCAAGUGCACCAGUAUUACCCAAAGUUCCCCCAAGUUCACCAUUAUAAAACCAAGUUCACCCCAGUGCACCAUUUUAACCCCAAGUUCACCCCAGUGCACCAUUAUAGCCCCAAGUUCACCCCAGUGCACCAUUAUAACCCCAAGUUCACUUCAGUGCACCAAUGUUACCCCAAGUUCACCCAAGUGCACCAUUAUAAAACGAAGUUUGACCCAGUGCAGCAGUAUUACCCAAAGUUCACCCAAGUGCACCAUUAUAAAACCAAGUUAACCCCAGUGCAUCAUCAUAAAACCAAGUUCGAUCCAGUGCACCAGUAUUACUCAAAGUUCAUCCCGAUGCACCAUUAUAGCCCCAUGUUCAUUGCAGUGCACCAUUGUAACCCCAAGUUUACGCCAGUGCACCAUUAUAACCCCAAGUUCACCCAAGCGCACCAUUUUAACCCCAAGUUCACCCCAGUGCACCAAUAUAAGUCCAAGUUCAUCUCAGUGCACCAAUGUUACCCUAAGUUCACCCAAGUGCACCAUUAUAAAACCAAGUUUGAGCCAGUGCACCAGUAUUACCCAAAAUUCACCUAA